AUGGCUCUUCAACUGUGGGAUACCUUCAAAGAAUCAAUCACAGCAUAUACAGGUCUCUCUCCAGCUACUUUCUUUACAUUUAUUGCUCUUGGCCUUGCUGUGUACUAUACGCUGUCCAGUUUAUUUGGGUCGUCUGGUGAUGACCAUCCAAGUCUGAGUUCAAGAGGGAUCGAAGAGAAGAUGGAGCCGCUUCCACCUCCAGUUCAGCUUGGUGAAAUCACUGAUGAAGAGUUGAAACUGUAUGAUGGGUCUGAUCCAAAAAAGCCUUUGCUCAUGGCCAUCAAGGGUCAGAUCUAUGAUGUUUCACAGAGCAGGAUGUUCUAUGGACCAGGUGGACCUUAUGCCUUGUUUGCUGGAAAGGAUGCGAGUCGAGCACUUGCGAAAAUGUCUUUUGAAGAUAAAGAUCUCAACGGUGAUCUCACUGGCCUACGUACGUUUGCGCUCGAGGCCUUACAAGAUUGGGAAUACAAGUUCAUGAGCAAAUAUGUCAAGGUUGGAACUAUCAAAAGUUCUGUGCCGGUAAGUGAUGGAGCGACUGAAGGUCAAACAGCAGAGGCAACUUAA